GUCUGCUCGUUUUAUAUAUUAAUGUAUUUUAUUUCCAGCAGAUGGACCCACAAGCAGGAAUAUCUCAGAAGGACAUCUAAUGUUAUCCCUGGAUUGUGAAAUAACAGAUAACGACAGUAGACAGGAUUCUCCAGGAGAUAACCCCAUUACCCCAAUUAUUCAUCCAGCUCUAUCAACUGAUCCCCCUGAUCCUGGGAAAUCUUCUCCUGAUCACUCUGAUAUUGGUGCAUCUAUUACAGCUCUGAGAUUAGAUACAGAGUUUCCCUGUUCUACAGAUGCCAAAUGUUUUACACAGAACACAAACCGUAUUACUCAUCAGCCAGCUAAGGCAGGUGAGAGGCUAUUUCCAUGUUCUGAGUGUGGGAAAUGUUUUACAUAUAAAUCAGAUCUUGUUACACAUCAGAGACGUCACACUGGUGAGAAGCCAUUUCCAUGUUCUGAGUGUGGGAAAUUUUUUACAAGUAAAUCAAAUCUUGUUGCACAUCAGAGACGUCACACAGGUGAGAAGCCGUAUUCCUGUUCUGAGUGUGGGAAAUGUUUUGCACAGAAAUCUGAUCUUUUUAAACAUCAGAGAAGUCACACAGGUGAGAAGCCGUAUUCCUGUUCUGAGUGUGGGAAAUGUUUUGCAUCGAAAUCAUAUCUUGUUACACAUCAGAGAAGUCACACAGGUGAGAAGCCGUAUUCCUGUUCUGAGUGUAUGAAAUGUUUUCCACAGAAAUCAGAUCUUAUUACACAUCAGAGAAGUCACACUGGUGAGAAGCCAUUUCCAUGUUCUGAGUGUGGGAAAUUUUUUGCAUCGAAAUCAAAUCUUGUUACACAUCAGAGAAGUCACACAGGUGAGAAGCCGUAUUCCUGUUCUGAGUGCGGGAAAUGUUUUACAUCGAAAUCGGAUCUUUUUAAACAUCAGAGAAGGCACACAGAUGAGAAGCCGUAUUCCUGUUCUGAGUGUAUGAAAUGUUUUACACAGAAAUCAGGUCUUGUUACACAUCAGAGAAGGCACACAGGUGAGAAGCCGUAUUCCUGUUCUGAGUGUAUGAAAUGUUUUCCACAGAAAUCAGGUCUUGUUACACAUCAGAGAAGUCACACUGGUGAGGAGCCAUUUCCAUAUUCUGAGUGUGGGAAAUUUUUUACAAAUAAAUCAAAUCUUGUUACACAACAGAGAAGUCACACAGGUGAGAAGCCGUAUUCCUGUUCUGAGUGUGGGAAAUGUUUUGCAUCGAAAUCAAAUCUUGUUACACAUCAGAGAAGUCACACAGGUGAGAAGCCGUAUUCCUGUUCUGAGUGUGGGAAAUGUUUUGCAUCAAAAUCAAAUCUUGCUGCACAUCAGAAAAGUCACACAGAUGACAAGCCGUAUUCCUGUUCUGAGUGUGGGAAAUGUUUUGUAUCGAAACCAAAUCUUGUUACACAUCAGAGAAGUCACACAGGUGAGCAGCCAUAUUCCUGUUCUGAGUGUGGGAAAUGUUUUGCACACAAAUCAUCUUUUGUUAGUCAUCAGAGAAGUCACACAGGUGAGAAGCCGUAUUCCUGUUCUGUGUGUGGGAAAUGUUUUCCACAGAAAUCGGCUCUUGUUACACAUCAGAGAAGUCACACAGGUGAGAAGCCGUAUUCCUGUUCUGAGUGUGGGAAAUUUUUUGCAACAAAAUCAAAUCUUGUUACACAUCAGAGAAGUCACACAGGUGAGAAGCCGUAUUCCUGUUCUAAGUGUGGGAAAUGUUUUAGACAGAAAUCACAUCUUGUUACACAUCAGAGAAGUCACACAGGUGAGAGGCCAUUUUCUUGCUCUGCGUGUGGGAAAUGUUUUACCCGGAACUCACAACUUGUUACACAUCAGCGAAGUCACACAGGUGAGAAUCCAUUUCCAUGUUCUGAGUGCGGGAACUAUUUUACAUACAAAUCACUUCUAAUAUAUAAGAGAUUGCAUACAUGUGAGAAACCAUAUUCCUGUUCUGAGUGUGGGAAAAGUUUUACAUACAAAUCAACUCUUGAUGCACAUAAGAGUAGUCACACAGGUGAGAAGCCAUUUCCAUGUUCUGAGUGUGGGAAAUGUUUUGCCCGGAAAUCACAACUUGUUAGACAUCAGCUAAGUCACACAGGUGAGAAGCCAUUUCCAUGUUCUGAGUGUGGGAAAUGUUUUGCAGACAAAAUAGAGCUUGUUAGACAUCAGAGAAGUCACACAGGUGAGAGGCCAUUUCCAUGUUCUGAAUGUGGGAAAUGUUUUGACCGGAAAUCAGAUCUUGUUAAACAUCAGAGAAGUCACACAGGUGAGAAGCCAUUUUCUUGCUCUGAGUGUGGGAAAUGUUUUACACAGAAAUCAUAUCUUGUUAUACAUCACAGAAGUCACACAGGUGAGAAGCCAUUUCCAUGUUCUGAGUGUGGGAAAUGUUUUGCAGACAAACCAGAUCUUGUUAGACAUCAGAGAAGUCACACAGGUGAGAAGCCAUUUUCUUGCUCUGAGUGUGGGAAAUGUUUUGCCCGGAAAUCACAACUUGUUAGACAUCAGCUCAGUCACACAGGUGAGAAGCCAUUUCCAUGUUCUGAGUGUGGGAAAUGUUUUGCCCGGAAAUCAGAUCUUGUUAAACAUCAGAGAAGUCACACAGGUGAGAAGCCAUAUUCUUGCUCUGAGUGUGGGAAAUGGUUUACACAGAAAUCAUAUCUUGUUAUACAUCACAGAAGUCACACAGGUGAGAAGCCAUUUCCAUGUUCUGAAUGUGGGAAAUGUUUUACACGGAAAUCAUAUCUUGUUACACACCAGAGAAGUCACACAGGUGAGAAGCCAUUUUAAUCUUCUGGAGUAUACUUAUCAUUGCCAUGCGUUCUUCAAGGUUCUUAUUCUUAUCCUAUGUCCUGUGCUUUUUGCAAUAUACAUGCUACCACUGGGUGAAAUAAUCAGAUGUCAUGCCCUCAUCUACCACUGCUAUGCAGAUGAUCUGUCUUUUGCUCUGGGUACUGAGAACCCAGUACCAAUGCUAAAUGUCUCACUGAGCUCCAGGUGUGGGUGAUGCCAGUUGGCUGUGAACAAUCCUGGUGAAACAGGUCCUUAUGCUAGUUCGCCAACAAAGGACAGGGCUACAGCUCAGCUUUGUUACCAACCAGACUUACACUUGGGGGUUCAGGUUUACAAAAUGCUGGUCAUGUGCAGAAUCUUAGUGUCCUGGAUGGUGGAGGUAUCUGCCACAAUCAGAUCCUCAUCUGGGGAACAUAGCCAGACUCCAGCACUUUAUGCCCUCAGGAUAUCUACCUACAGUCAUACAUGCACUUGUACCAUCACACAUAGACUACUGCAAUGUCCUCUACCUGGGUCUCCCAGCAAUAGAAUUGCACCGCUUGUAGCUUGUACAGAAUUCAGCAGCCAGGCUGUUACCUAACCAGCCCGUUCCUGCCACAUAACACCCAUUCUCUACCUCCUCCGGCUGCCUGUAAGAUGGUGACUCUGGGCCUAAUUCAGGUUGGACUACAGUGUGUGAUCCAAAUGGAAUUAUUGAGAAAAAGUUGCGGACGCAUGUGCAGCGCCCGUCCUGCGUAUGCACCUUCAUUCUCUACGGGGGGCUGUAGGAAAUGUGAUUGCUUCUUGUUAAUCAGGCAGAGGCGGUCACGGGGUGGGGGGUAAAGCUCCGUUUCCAGUGAGAAGAUGGAGCAUUGCAAGUGCUGUGUUGCGAGAAAGGGAGGCGGACAAACGGCAUGUUCACUGUGGCUGCAUGACAUCACACGCAGCCAUCGCAAUCUAGAAGAACAUGGUGGGGAUCCUGCGGGUGCAGCUAAGCUGGCAGGGUGCUUCACUAGUUUCUAAGAUGUAGCAGAAAUUGUGGAGCAAUCGCAAUUUCUGCUUCAUCAAGGGGGAGGCGCUGGUGAGCAUACUGGGCUGCCUCGCCCUGCGAUGGGCGGCCCCCAGCACGCUAGAAAAAGGAUUGCUAAUUAGCAGCAUCUGCCUCCUUACGGACUUACUGUAGGCCCCUAUUACACAAUCUUACUGACUCUCCCAGCCCUACAUGACCAGGGUCCAUGUACCAGAAGCAGCUUCUGCCUCCUUACUGACUUACUGUAGGCCCCUAUUACAUAAUCUUACUGACUCUCCCAGCCCUACAUGACCAGGGUCCAUGUACCAGAAGCAGCUUCUGCCUCCUUACUGACUUACUGUAGGCCCCUAUUACAUAAUCUUACUGACUCUCCCAGCCCUACAUGACCAGGGUCCAUGUACCAGAAGCAUCGUCUGCCUCCUUACUGACUUACUGUAGGCCCCUAUUACACAAUCUUACUGACUCUCCCAGCCCUACAUGACCAGGGUCCAUGUACCAGAAGCAGCUUCUGCCUCCUUACUGACUUAAUGUAGGCCCCUAUUACACAAUCUUACUGACUCUCCCGGCCCUACAUGACCAGGGUCCAUGUACCAGAAGCAGCUUCUGCCUCCUUACUGACUUAAUGUAGGCCCCUAUUACACAAUCUUACUGACUCUCCCAGCCCUACAUGACCAGGGUCCAUGUACCAGAAGCAGCUUCUGCCUCCUUACUGACUUACUGUAGGCCCCUAUUACAUAAUCUUACUGACUCUCCCAGCCCUACAUGACCAGGGUCCAUGUACCAGAAGCAGCUUCUGCCUCCUUACUGACUUACUGUGGGCCCCUAUUACAGAAUCUUACUGACUCUCCCAGCCCUACAUGACCAGGGUCCAUGUACCAGAAGCAGCUUCUGCCUCCUUACUGACUUACUGUAGGCACCUAUUACAUAAUCUUACUGACUCUCCCAGCCCUACAUGACCAGGGUCCAUGUACCAGAAGCAGCUUCUGCCUCCUUACUGACUUACUGUAGGCAUCCUAUUACAGAAUCUUACUGACUCUCCCAGCCCUACAUGACCAGGGUCCAUGUACCAGAAGCAGCUUCUGCCUCCUUACUGACUUACUGUAGUCACCUAUUACACAAUCUUACUGACUCUCCCAGCCCUACAUGACCAGGGUACAUGUACCAGAAGCAGCUUCUGCCUCCUUACUGACUUACUGUAGGCAUCCUAUUACAUAAUCUUACUGACUCUCCCAGCCCUACAUGACCAGGGUCCAUGUACCAGAAGCAGCUUCUGCCUCCUUACUGACUUACUGUAGGCCCCUAUUACAGAAUCUUACUGACUCUCCCAGCCCUACAUGACCAGGGUCCAUGUACCAGAAGCAGCUUCUGCCUCCUUACUGACUUACUGUAGGCCCCUAUUACACAAUCUU